CAGCUAUUAUACAGGAAGCGUCACUGGUAAGAGAUAUUGCUAUCGUGAUACCAGCCUGAUAACAGCUCGCUGACUCUCAGGACACUCACAGGGUUAAAAAUAAAACCAGAGGAGCAGGAUUUACUCCUGAACCCAGACGGGUGUUUAUAAGAGAGCGAGUUCCCUCUGCAGCUGAAGAGUUGCUGAGCAGCUGCUUGGACACAGAAAGCAUGAAAAUCCUUGGAGCAUUAGUGUGCUUUGUGGCAGGCUGCUUGGCCCAGCAGCCUCACCCCUGUGAAAGUCCUCCUCUGAUGAGCGGGGAGCUCACCAUUUCCACACAGAAUGAAAAGCUGUGGGUGUACGCCAAAUACCUGUAUGAUGCACAGGGACAACGGGUGAGACUCUACGAGUAUGGCACCAUGGAGAACAAGACCUUCACCUUUGAUUUUCUGCUGCACUACAAAGAGCAAGUCAUGUAUGACAUCAAAGACCAUGAGCGUACCUGCACGAAGAGUCCCCUGAAGGUAGACUUCAUGCCUAUGGCCAUCCCAAAAGAUGCCUCUCUGCUGGGCCAGAUCGUCCUUGGCAGCUCGUCUGGACCUGGACAAGGACUUCUUGUCAACGCGUGGACAGGGGAUCUGCCCAACAAAUUAGGGAAGUUCUUAGCCACGGUGACUGAAUUUGGAUGCUUUCCUGUCAGCAAUGCGUUCCACACAGACCAGUUUGGAUGGAUGCUCACAAGCUACUUUAACAACAACAUCGGGAUUUCAGACCCCACUCAGCUAGACCCUCCGUCCUUCUGCCCAAGUACAGACGUGACCGACGGUGACGAGGAGCCGGUGGACUUCUUUACCUUGUUCUUCCGCAAGAAAUAAAGGCUUUGACCAGUGUGUUCAAACCUUAAUAAAUUAAACUGGGCCACUAAAUCACAGCUUUGCCAUUUACCAUAGGAUACAUGUGCUUGCAUGAAAAAUACAAACUCAGAUUCAUUUCUAGAAAUGUUUAAAUCUUUGGGAAAAAGUACUCUGCUCAAAACAAUCCUGACCAUACCUCCUUCACAUCUCACUGUUCAAUCCUGUUUUUUUUCCAAUAAAAACACAAAAACUAA